AUGUUAGAUGGUACUGUUAAAUGGACCAGUGCCAGAGAGGUCAAUUGGGUGCUGGCAGCUUACAACAAAGUUGCACCCUGUGAUCCCCAGGAGAUGCUUGACGAAAACACAAUCACCUUCAAGCUCUUGAUUGUCCAACAUAUCGGCCUCCCCAGUACUUGGAAUAACCUCUUCAUCACCCUCUUUGAUGACCUCUUCAUCACCCUCUGUCUCUUCUGCGGACCCCUCAUCAACAACUCCAUCAAGAGAUCUAAAAGAGGCCCUGCUGGACCCCCCCUCCCCCCCAAGAUGGUGUCUCAGAAUUUACCAGUCUGUACCCCCUGGGUCUGCAAACCCCAAUGUGUCACUGAAGCGCAGAACCAAAUCGAUCUGAUUUCUGAGCUGCGACUUCUAGCUCUGGGUCAAUAUUUUGCUGAGUCCUUCACCUUGCGACUUGCAGCGCAUGAAGUAGACGUGAGUACAAGUAUUCACUGGAAUUUCCAAGAUGCUUUUAUUGGCGAUGUUAGCUCUGGUAUGCUUCCGUGCCCCGACAUUGGUGAGGAAGACCUUCGGAGCCUGAGCUUCCUGACUUUCUUGGCAGUGCCUCUGAUCACUACGACUGGACUCUAUACUGAGCGCAAGUUCAGUGGGAGUGAUGCCGCUGGAAACAACCUUGAUGAAGUUGGUCGGAUUGUUGAUCCCUAUGCUCACCACGUCUUGGUGGAUAGUCAAGGCUCUUACCUUCUGACAGAUUUGCAAGGGCCUGAUAAAGAAGUUAUUUUAUUUGACCCACAGGCUCAUUCGCGUGAGAGCGAAACAGGAUUUUGGGAUGGUGGACACGAGCACAUCAAGAUGUGGAAAAAGGAGCACAAGUGCCAGAACUUUACAUAUGUGGCAGCAUAG